GCCGAUGAAGUGGAAAAAAAAGGUCGGAUAUUAUUUGCUUUGAUUCUCAUUUCUCUCACUCUGCUUUUUAUCAAACUUCGUCUUUCUUUUUUCAUUCACUCUCUCUCUCUCUCUCUACCUAUAAGGAUUUCUCUCCAGUUCUCAUCCUCUCCGAGCCUUAGGGUUUUGUAUCAGAAACGCUGACCUAUCUUGAAUCUCAAAUAACGUCUCUGUUUUCUCUGCGCUUUGUUUGGUUUCCGUUACUCUGGAAGUUCUGCAUUUUUUCCUCCAGUCAAAAAAAGCAAUGUUCUCUCAAAGGGGACCAAAAAGGCGAGCAAGCGAAAUAGAAGAUGAUGGUUAUGGUAACGAGAAAGUUUUUCGGUUUAAGAUACUGUUACCCAAUGGAAUUUCUAUUGGGUUGAAUGUCCGUGAUCCUCCACCCAAAUUGCCUGUUGAUGAAUUUGUCAGUAUGGUCAAAGGAGAGUACUAUCGGCUUGAGCAGCAAUACGGAUUUUUGAAGCAGAAAAGACGUAUCAAUUGGAAAGGAGGACGCUUCUUUUUUGAAGAUGCUAAUGACGUGAAGUUCGCAAACAUUGUGAAAUUCGACAGUUUUAAGCCUCACAAAUGUCAUAUAUUACGUCUUAAUGAUGGUUCUGGAGAAGUAGCCGAAACUUAUGAGAAUAUGUGGGAUCUAACGCCCCACACUGAUUUAUUAAAGGAGCUUCCAGAAGAGUACACUUUUGAGACUGCUCUUGCGGAUCUUAUUGAUAAUUCCUUACAAGCAGUAUGGUCAAACAAUGAAGGUGAUCGGAGACUUAUUAGGGUAGAUGUUGUUGAUGAGAGGAUUUCAAUAUUUGACACUGGUCCUGGAAUGGAUGGCAGUGAUGAGAAUUCAAUUGUAAAGUGGGGAAAGAUGGGUGCAUCACUUCACAGGUCUUCAAAAGGACAGGCAAUAGGUUUAAAACCUCCAUACCUUACGCCCUUUUUUGGCAUGUUUGGAUAUGGAGGACCUAUUGCGUCUAUGCAUUUAGGAAGGCGUGCUCUUGUUUCUUCGAAGACAAAGAAUUCCAAGAAAGUAUAUAUGCUACAUCUUGAGAGAGAAGCCUUACUUGGCAGUUCUGGCUCUGAGCAUACUUGGAAGACUGAUGGUGGUAUCAGAAAUCCCUUAGAAGAAGAAAUUAGGGACACACCUCAUGGAAGUUUUACAAAGGUCGAAAUUUUUGAACCUAGAAUCAAAAGGUUGGACAUAUCUCAACUUCAGUGUAGGCUAAAGGACAUAUAUUUUCCUUACAUACAGUGUGAUGAAGCAUCGAACUCAGGAAAGACCUUGACGCCAAUAGUGUUUCAGGUUAACAAUGUUGAUUUAGCUGAGAUUGAAGGUGGGGAGGUUGCAGUUACCAACUUGAAUUCUUGCAAUGGUCCCAAUUUUGUUUUUGAGCUUCGUUUCAAGAUUAAACAGGACAGUACAGCCAGCAGUCAAGCAUAUCAAGAAGCUAAUGCAUGCCUGAAGUGUGUGUAUUUCCCUGUUGUCGAGGGAAAAGAGAGGAUUGAGAAUAUUUUGGAGAAGUUAGAAGCUGACGGAUACCAAAUUACGGAAAACUUUGAAAACUUUAGCCGUGUUUCAGUUCGGCGGCUUGGUCGUCUCCUUCCAGAUGCUCGUUGGCCAUGGCUUCCUUUCAUGGAUUUUGCAAACAAAAAAGGAGAUAAAGCAGACUUGUUGAAGAGAUGUUGUCGGAGAGUUAAAUGUUUUAUCGAGACUGAUGCCGGUUUCAAUCCAACACCAUCUAAGACUGAUUUAGCACACCAUAAUUCUUUUACAACUGCUCUGAGGAACUUUGGCAAUAAACUGUCUGAGAAUGAAAAAGGGAUCCAUGUCAAAGUCUAUAGAGAUGGUAAGUUGUCGACUCCUUUGCAUUUAGAAAAAGCGUAUCAGGAUUGGAUUCUUCGCAUGCAUGACCGCUAUGAUGAAGAAAUUGAUCAUGGAGAAGAUCAACCAGUUCUCGUUGUCAGCCCUGCUAACAAAAAAUCUAUUCGCAUUUCUUCUGAUGUUAUAAGAGUGCACAAGAUUUUAAAUAGGAAGGGUGUAACCUGGAAAUCUGGCCAAAGAAUCAAACUUCUUAGGGGAGCAUGUGCUGGGGUUCAUAAAAACAAUGUCUAUGCAACGAUUGAAUACUUUUUGCUGGGAGGAAUUGAAGGUGAUUACAGUGGGGAAACUCGGAUUAUAUGCAGACCUCUGGGUGUACCGGAUGAGAAUGGCUGCGUCCUUUCAGAAGAAGAUGGGGAAACUAGCUUAAAUAUUCGUGACUCCUUAUCGGUACCUGUCAGUGUGGUUGAUUCUGGAAAGUGCCUAGCUGUUGAAAGCGUUGAGUGGGACUGCCAACUUGAAAAGAGGCGUCAAAAAGCUCCGGCUACAAUUGACUUGCUAAGUGAAACACUAUGUCGAGAGUUGGAUGUUGAUGGGGCAUUACCUGUAAAAGCUAAGGCAGGACAGGUUGCUCCUAAAGAAAUUGUUGCGGUAGUUAGGCCUGCAAAUUAUGCAUCUUCCACUGCUUCAGCGAAUUUAGAUCAAAAGUAUAUUUUCAAAAGUAAUUUAGAAAUGACCAUGGAAGUUAAUUUCAAUAAUGAAGCUGAUAAUGUUCAUAAUAAGAAAAAACACAUUUAUUCAAUUCGUGUAAAACCUUCAUCGCGCAAAGAUAUUCAAGGUUUAUAUGUCUUUCCACUUCGGUGCAAGCUGAAACAAUUUGAAAGAGCUGGUGUUUAUGCCUUUACUUUCUCUCUUAUAGAGUCAAGUUGUAAGACUCUUGUUAGAAGAGUUCAGGUCAAGGCAUCUAGCAAGAUUGGAAAAUGGAGACUUUUAAGUGACGAUAAGAGUCUACCGUAUAAUGCAAGGGUGGGUUCAACUUUUCAACCUCUCUCGAUUGCAUGUUAUGACAUUUAUGACAAUCGAAUUCCAUUUACAUCUACUCCUGAAGUGAGGUUCAGAAUCCAAACAAAUGAUGUAGUUGUUUUCAAAGUGGAAAGAUUAAAGACGUACCUUUCAGAAUCUAAAUUGACUCUAGAAAUUAAGGACGUGGUAAUUGCGAGCUGUGAGUUGGACAAAAUUCGACCCACUUAUGAAGCUUCUGUACUCAUAUGUACGCAGGAUGGGAUGUUAUCAGUUUCUAUCCCCUGUCGUGUUACUCCUGGAUGUAUACAGCAUGUCAAAGCCCAACCCCCCAUCCUGGAAAGCCAACUGCUUCCAGGUUGCAUGGUUAAGGAGCUAAAAUUAGAGAUGUUUGAUGAAUAUGAUAAUCAUGUGAGAAAGGGCUCGGAAGUCCUGUUGAACAUGGAGGGGCUUCAUAUACAAGAUCAAUUAGGUUUGAUGCGUAAGGUGGAUGAUCAUGGAUGCAUUGACCUCAGUGGUGUUUUGAAAGUUACUGCUGGUUAUGGAAAAAAUGUAUCAAUUUCUGUCUCAUCAGACAAUAGAGUUGUUUACGAACAACAAUUUCAAACUGAGAAAAGGGAGUUAAGAAUUGUGUCAAAGGUUCCCGAGUUUGUGACUGCUGGAACCCAACUGGAAAACAUGGUUUUUGAAGUUGUUAAUUCCAAAGGUGUUGUUGAUGAUACUAUACACAAUGAAGAGAACAACGGGCAAUCUCAUAUGCUUACAAUAAAGGCUGAAUUGCUAAAUAUGGAUGAGACAAUUCGCUAUACUUUCAAGCAUGGGCGCUGCACCGUUCCAUCUAUUCCCCUCCCUCAAAGAGGAGGAGUCUUCAGUUUUCAAGCUGGUCAUUCCCGUCAUCCAGAGCUAAGUCUGAGUGUUGAGGUGUCUGCAAUUGAAACUUCAAAUCCAGAGUAUGAUGAGAUUCAAUCUCCGUGUUCAGAUGGAAAGGUCUUGCUUCUUCAAGAUUCAUCUCCCUUCAAGAAUGUAAAAAAUUUAAUGGUGUCGAUUGUGAAUGAUGAGAAGGUAUUUGAUAAAUGCCAGCUUAAGUUGCUCUCGAAGAUACAAUGCAGGUCAUAUCUUGGCAUGCUGCAUGAAUGUGCUCUUGUAGUUUAUAGACUUGAAGAUGAAAUUCGUACAAUCGGUGAGCGCAUUGCAGGGUGUGAAAGGAAUUUGAAAAUGCUUAAUGAGGAGAAGGUCAAAACUGAGAAAGUCAUUCAAGAUAUGCAAGCUUCUAUUGAAUCUUAUCUACCGAAGUUGCCAAUUGUGUUAUCCAAUAAAGAGGAAGUGAUGAAACAAAUUGAAAGCAUGGGUAACUCUGCUGCUGCUCUUGUCUGCCAUAUUUUUAGAGAGGUGCAAUUGCAUGAGCAGCAUCGUCAUCUCAUGGAUGAUAUAGUUGGGCUAGUUGCUCUACUUGGCAGAGUUCAUUCCACUGAGCUAAGCAGGAUAUUAUCUGAAUACUUGGGAGAAGAUCAAAUGCUUGCUGUUAUCUCUAGUUCAUUUGCAGCUGCUGUUGCUCUCGAGAAGUAUGAACAAAAUGGGGAAGUUGAUCGUGGUAAUGCUCUUUAUGCAGAAGCAGCUGCACGUGGGAAAUCUUUAAAUGGCCGGUUUCUUGUUAUAUGCCUUGAAGACAUGAGGCCUUUUAUUGGAGACUUUGAAGGUAAUGACCCUCAAAGGAAACUUGCUUUGGAGGAUCCUAAGUUACCAGAUGGGACAGUUCCUAAAGGUUUCAUGGGUUAUGCAGUCAAUAUGGUUGACAUGGAUGUUGAUCAUUUGUAUACAAGAACUUCUGCGGGCCAUGGUCUUCGAGAGACAUUGUUUUAUCAUCUUUUCGGCGAGCUCCAUGUUUACCAAACCAGGGAGGACAUGAUGUCUGCCCGUGCAUGUAUAAGUCAUGGUGCUGUGUCUCUGGAUGGUGGGAUUCUAAAAGAAAAUGGAGUAGUUUAUCUUGGAUUUGGGGAUCCUAAGAUAUGUUUUCCAGUUGAGACAAAUAGUAUGAUGGUUAUGAAUCCAAAAAGUAUGGAGCUAAUGCGGCAGAUUGAAGAAGUAAAGUCUGAAUUGCAGGUUCUCAAAGUUCAUAUAAGAAAACAGUCUAACAGCCGGGAGAAAUAUCUAAAAAAGUUCAAUAGGAAAAAGAAGAAGUAUCUCGAACUCAUGGACAAAUUGGAUCCCUUGCAAAACAAUUGAUUUUUUGGAGUAUAUAUAUAUAUAUAUAUAUGAUGCAUAGGAAAUCUUUUUUUUUUCUCUUUUUGGAUGAAUAUAUACAUUGGAAACUGAAAGUUCUUCAAAGUUACUACACCACCAAUCUAGAUAUAUAUCGCUGAAAAAUUUUUGUUUGUAUAUAAAGCUUUUUGCAUUAAAUUAUAACUCUAAAUCAUUUUUAAUGAGCACUUUAAAUUCUUUAUUUUAUGUCGAAGAAAA